AGCCAAAGCAAACAUAUCCACACCAAAAAAACCCGGUGCAUUCGGGUCGAGUCAUUCCCACUUGUUCCUUGUUACUUGAUACUCUGCCUCCCACUGCCACAUUAGUAACCCCUUUCACUCUUUUCACUCGCUUCACAUUCACACUCUCUCCCUUUCCCUUUCUGUGCUCAAGCCCCUCAGAUCCAGUUUUCUACUAUUUAGGGUUUUGAGAAUCAAGGGUGGUAAAUGGAAGAAAUUCAAUCCCAAUCAGAUAAUUAUAGGUCUUCCUCAUCUUCUGCCAGUAGUCCUGCCAGUAGGGUGCCCUCCAGUAACUUUUUCUAUUUCCGAAAACCCGGUUCUCUUAGACAACCUAUCUCGUUUGAGGAUUCACCUGAGUGGGAGGAUACAGAUAUUGAUGUUAGGGUGGAGGAGGGAGGUGAUUCUAUUAAUGUUGCCACCACUCCAGCCUCGCCAUCCCUUUCAAAACUCAAUAAUGGGUCCUUGCCAUCCCCACACUUGCCAGAGGGUGCAGCUGUUGCGAGAAAGAUUGCUGGGGCGUCGGUUGUGUGGAAAGACCUCACUAUUACAAUAAAGGGGAAAAGGAAAUAUUCUGAUAAGGUUGUGAAGAACUCAAAUGGUUAUGCAUUGCCUGGAACAAUGACAGUGAUCAUGGGCCCAGCAAAAUCGGGAAAAUCCACACUACUUAGGGCUAUUGCAGGAAGAUUACUGCCUUCAGCUAAAAUGUAUGGAGAAGUCUUUGUGAAUGGGGUGAAAUCACACAUGCCAUAUGGUUCAUAUGGAUUUGUUGACAGGGAAACAACUCUAAUUGGUUCUCUCACUGUCCGGGAGUAUCUGUACUACUCAGCUUUGCUUCAACUUCCUGGAUUUUUCUGUCAGAAGAAAGGUGUGGUUGAGGAAGCCAUCCAUGCCAUGUCCUUGGGUGAUUAUGCAAACAAGCUGAUCGGUGGUCACUGUUAUAUGAAGGGCCUCCCGAGUGGUGAGAGAAGGCGUGUAAGCAUUGCUCGGGAACUUGUGAUGAGGCCACAAGUGUUAUUUAUUGAUGAGCCUCUUUAUCAUCUUGACAGUGUCUCUGCCCUUUUGAUGAUGGUCACAUUGAAGAAACUUGCAAGUACAGGUUGCACUCUUCUUUUUACUAUUUAUCAAAGCAGCACAGAAGUGUUUGGCCUCUUUGAUCGUAUCUGUCUCCUUUCAAAUGGAAAUACCCUGUUUUUUGGGGAAACAUUAGCUUGCUUGCAGCAUUUCUCAAAUGCUGGAUUUCCUUGCCCAAUCAUGCAAAGUCCUUCUGAUCACUUUCUACGGGCUAUAAAUACAGAUUUUGACAGGAUUAUUGCAAUGUGCAAAAAUUGGCAGGAUGACCAUGGGGAUUUUUCCUCUGUGAAUAUGGACACUGCUGUUGCAAUACGCACUCUUGAGGCCACAUAUAAAUUGUCAGCUGAUGCUACUGCAGUUGAAACUAUGAUAUUGAGACUCACAGAGAUGGAAGGUCCACUUCUCAAAAGCAAGGGAAAGGCUGGGAAUGCCACACGAAUUGCAGUGUUGACUUGGAGAUCAUUGUUGAUUAUGUCAAGGGAAUGGAAAUACUACUGGCUCCGUCUAAUUCUUUAUAUGCUUCUUGUGCUAUGUAUUGGAACAGUAUUUUCUGGCUUGGGCCAUUCUUUGUCUUCAGUUGUGACAAGAGUUGCGGCAGUCUUUGCAUUUGUAUCAUUUACUUCACUUUUAAGCAUUGCUGGAGCACCUGCACUGAUGAAAGAAAUCAAGAUAUAUGCAAGUGAAGAAUCAAACAAGCAUUCAGGAGCAUUAGUCUUUUUAUUUGGGCAACUCCUCUCCAGCAUUCCAUUUCUCUUCCUAAUCUCCAUAUCAUCGAGUCUCAUCUUCUAUUUCCUAAUAGGAUUGAGAGACGAGUUUAACUUGCUGAUGUACUUUGUCCUAAAUUUCUUCAUGUGCCUCCUCGUAAAUGAAGGACUAAUGCUGGUUGUUGCUUAUUUGUGGAAAGACGUAUACUGCAGUGUCUUGACCCUUGUAUGCAUACAGGUGGUAAUGAUGCUUGCUGCAGGCUAUUUCAGAAUCCGUAAUCAGUUGUCCGUACCUUUUUGGAUGUAUCCAAUAUCAUACAUUGCUUUCCACACAUAUUCUAUCCAGGGACUUUUGGAGAAUGAGUACCUAGGGACCUCCUUCGCGGUGGGGCAGGUGAGGACCAUAUCCGGGUUGGAGGCACUCCGCAGCGCAUAUGACAUCUCUCCAGACAGCAAUUCCAAGUGGGAGAACUUACUGGUUUUGUUUCUCAUGACGGUUGGGUAUCGUAUUCUUGUGUUUAUUUUGUUACAUUUUGGUGUAAAGAAAAAUAAAUCCCUGCACAGACUCUGCCAGUGUAAUCGUGAAACAUCAACCUGAGAUAAAUGAAUUCUCCUGUACCAUCCACAUCUUUAAUGAAUUUUUCUAUUUUGG